AUGUCUGAAAGGGCAUCUAUAUCCAAAGACCCCGUGCUACCACCUAGCGCCCCCCAAAGGUUGGCCUCUAGAUCACCGUUGACUUUGCGAGUGCAUUUGCGCAACCCUGGGCGUGCAAGCAUUGACCAAGAAUCAAGUUCAGCAUUGGGGUUAGGGAGACAUGUCCCCCCAUCCUUUGCUUACCCAACGCCGGGUACUGGGCGCAAGAAUGGUACGCAAAGGAGCUCGUUUGUGUUCAAGAAGAACGUUCGAGCCCUAGACUUGGAGCCUGCUUCCGCGCCAAGGCACGACCUACAAGGUAUAUGCAAUGCUGAUGUCAAAGACUCGGAUUCUCCAACAGAGGGGAGUAUUACAACAAGUAGACCGGUGUUUAGCAAGGUCGUGGGCACGAACUCCGCCAAACACACAGAGAGUUUGCAGAGAAAUGACGGGAGCAAGGACAAAGGCGGAGGCAAGGGUGGUUUGGAGGCGGACUCAAGCUUGGACAACAAGGAAGGAGGCGACAAAGUGUUGGGUUCUCCUCAAAGGCAAAAAGAAUUAUCAAUAGACUUGAAAAGCGGUGGGCUCUCUAGAUCUCGCGUUUGCACUGCUGCCAAUAUUCAGCAGAAGUUUUUCCCCGAAAUUUCGGUUGCUACUAUUCGCCGGCGCCUCCGUGAAAUUGGCCUUUCAUCUUAUACGCGUCAGAAGGUUCCUCUCCUGUGUUAUCGUCAUCGCCUGACCUGCAAGGCGUGGGCCAAACAGCAUGAAACAUGGUGCCUUGCUGAAUGGCUCUGUGCUCUCUUCUCUGAUGAGUCGAAAUUCAACGUAUUCCGCUCUGAUGGCCGCCACUAUUGCUGGAGGCGCCCAGGGGAAGGUCUAGACCCACGCUACACUGAAAAAAUGGUCAAGCACAGUGGGGGAAAUGUGAUGGUCUGGGGGUGUAUUACCCCCAAGGGCGUUGGUCGACUUAUCCGUAUUGAUGGACAACUCACUGCUGCAAAGUACAUUGAGAUACUUAAGGAGGGGCUUCUUGGGACACUAAAGGACUAUAAGAUACCCAUUAGGCAUUUUUUGUUUCAACAGGACAACGACCCAAAGCACACAGCCAAGAUUACCAAGGCAUGGUUCAAGGAGAAAUCAAUCUCCGUGCUUCCCUGGCCUGCACAAAGCCCCGAUAUGAAUAUCAUCAAGAACGUAUGGAGCUAUCUUGACCGUAAGGUUCAUUCCCGCAACCCUCCUCCACGUAAUACAACCGAGUUGUGGGAGGCACUGCAUGAGGAGUGGGAGUGCAUUGACCAAGGUUUUAUUACCAAGUUAUAUGAGUCUAUGCCUAAUAGAAUUGAUGCUCUGCUUUCUGCCAAGGGUGGAAAUACCCCCUAUUAA